UCACUGUAACAAUCUUUUUUCCUGGGAUUCUCCGAUUCUCCGGCGGAUUGUGAUUAGGGAUUGGCCGUUGGCGAUUUGGGGUUCCGGCAAGAAGAGAGAAGAAAAGAGAUUGGUCUCCGAGGAUGGUUUGCGCCAAGUGCGAGAAGAAGCUGACGAAGGUGAUAGUUCCCGAUAAAUGGAAGGAAGGAGCUUCCAACACCUACGAAAGCGGCGGCCGGAAGAUCAACGAGAACAAGCUCCUCUCCAAGAAAAACCGAUGGACACCUUAUGGAAACACCAAGUGCAUGAUCUGCAAGCAACAAACGCACCAGGAGGCCAAGUACUGCCACACCUGUGCCUAUACCAAAGGAGUCUGUGCAAUGUGCGGUAAGCAAGUCUUGGACACGAAGGUUUACAAACAGAGCAAUGUAUGAUCCGAACCUGGGGAAUAACAUGUGCUACAAGCUCAAGCGAUGCAACGGAGACAAAUCAUACAACUUGGUUGUUUUUCGUGCUUGCGUGUCGGAUAAUUUGCGAGUUCGAUUGAUGCAUUGAAACCACCUUGUAACUAGUGUACUUGACAUGAUAUCAAACUGUAGCUGUAAAGAUGAUGAUCUUAAUUCAUUUUCAAUGGAACUCAUGUUCUGUUCCUUAGCCGUAAUUGACAAUUCAAUAAACUAUCGGCGAAAAUGCUAGUCC